AUGUCUUUGGCAGAAUUUGACGACAUACACUACGAACACUCGACGUCGCGGCUGGACGUGCCUUCAAAUUAUUUGAUGAAGAAAGCACGUCGAAAUCCCAAUGGACUGGACGAACUUCGCAAAUCUAUGAAAUCUGCUACGAUAUACGUGGGCAAUCUUUCGUUUUACACAUCUGAGGAGCAGAUAUACGAGCUGUUCAGCAAAUCCGGUACUAUCAAACGCAUCAUCAUGGGAUUGGACCGGUUCAAGUUCACGCCGUGUGGGUUUUGCUUUGUUAUCUACAACACGCCGGAGGAGGCCCUGAACGCAGUGAAAUAUCUGUCAGACAUGAAACUGGACGACCGCAACAUAUCACUGGACCUGGAUCCCGGUUUUGAAGACGGACGACAGUUUGGCCGGGGCAAAUCCGGUGGCCAGGUUAGCGAUGAGCUGCGGUUUGAGUUCGACGCUUCAAGAGGAGGGUUUACGGUGCCGCUGGUGGACCGUAUUGGCACGAACCACACCCAUAACUUCGGGGCCCGUCGUGUGCGAGACACGUACAUUCCAGGCCAGGAUCAAGAGGGGACCGGGGGCAGUCAGUUACAAGACGCUGACGACGGGAUGGAGCAAGAAGAGGAGCAAGAAGAACCCGAUAAUUACGUACCUGGGGAGUGA